CUAUUACAUAGUAUGAUCAUGAAGGAAUUCAGGGUGCCUGGGUCCCUGCCCCUGUUUUCCUGGGUGGCUGUUUGGAGCACUAUGUGGGUGCCUGAGAGCUGAGAGCCUGGUGGGUUAGGGUCCAUCUGCUUUAUAUCUGCGUAUGGGGGUGGGGGGCUAAGUGUUGUCUCUUUGGUGACUCUGGAAGUCUUUGUGCCAGUGCGUACUGCUUUCUGGGUCACCGUGGUCGUGGGAGGCUGUGUUGAGGAAAGCUGAAUUUGUGUCUGGGUCUAUGGUGUGUGUUUCUAGGUGCGUCUUUGUGUGUGAUUACAGGUGAGUGUGGAGCGACCCAGACUCACUGAGCAGUGUGUGUAUAUGUCUCGGUCUGGUAAAGACAGGGUUCCUGCCCCCUCCCCCAGGUCUAGGUCCAAGAUUUCUUGGAUCUGCCAGUGACUGACUGGGAGACUGGACAGGAAGGAGCUAAGGAGGACAAGGUGAAUUCCCCACCCCCUGCCCCAGGUAACAAACUGAUGAGACUUCAAAGUUCUGAGGCUGCAACUGAGGGGGGAGGGCCAGGGAGGGGCCACCCACGCCCACUCCCCAGCCCCCUCCCUCACAGAAUCUGGCUUCAGCCCCACCCAACCCUGAAGCCCGUCCUUUCCCUGUCCCUGAGUGUCCCUGAACCAGCCACCAGGUGAGAAGGACCCAGGCCUGGGGGAAUAGGGAACCUUGAGGACGAGUCGGUCUGCGGGCAAGAAUCUGAGUCCUCAGGGUAGGGUUGGAGGGCUCAGAAGGCUAGAGGGGAAUGGACAGAGGAAAGGUCUAGGUGGAUCCAGAAGAGGGAGGGGGCAGAGCCAGUUCGAUUAAGUGGGAGGGGGAUAGGCUGGGGCAGCUGUGCAGGAGACGGAGCCAGCCUGAGGCUGAGGGGCUGUGGGGGAGGACCUGGGGCCUGGAAGCUUGGGGAUCUGGCUUUGGAGGGCUUCAAAAGGAAGUGCAGGGGAGAGAAUGGGCCGAGACUGGGUUAGGGGAGUAGGGGGAGGGAAAGCAGAAGUGGGACUUGAGGGAAGGAAGUCAGUUGGAGCCCCGGGAACAUAGAAACUGAGGCGCUAGGGACUCGGGGAGCGGGGGAGAGGCUGUAGAUGGCGUCCAGGUAAGGGGUAUGGGAUCAGAGCGGGCAGCUCGGGUUAACUCGGUGGACCAAGGGCCUUGGCGGUGGGGGAUGAACGGAGAGGGCCUGGGGAGGUCGGCGCCGGACGCUGGGACCUGGAGUCCAAGGAAGGGAGUGGCCUGCCAGAGGGCCUUGGGGAGGAGGGCUGGGGGCUAGGGCAGGACUGAGCAGGUGGGAGGGGACGGGAAGCUGAGCCAGAGCCGGUACCGAGGAGGUGGCCGGGCGUGGAAAGUGACGCGGAGCUGAGUCGUCCCCGCACCUUUCUACCCUCGCCAGCAGCCUUCCAGCCCGGCCCGGCCCCCCAUUCCUCGGCCCCCAAUCCCGGGUCCGGUCCAGCCCCCUCUCCUUGGGCUUGACCGGCCCGGGCGCCGCGAUGACUGUCACGUACACAGCUUGCGUGGCGAACGCGCGCUUCGGCGGCUUCUCGAAGCUGCUGCUGCUGUGGCGCGGGAGCAUCUACAAACUUCUGUGGCGCGAGCUGCUGUGUUUCCUUGGGCUCUACAUGGCGCUGAGUGCCGCCUAUCGCUUCGUGCUGACCGAAGAGCAGAAGCGCUACUUUGAGAAGCUCGUUCUUUACUGCGACCAGUACGCCAGUCUCAUCCCGGUCUCUUUUGUGCUCGGCUUCUACGUAACGCUGGUGGUGCACCGCUGGUGGAAUCAGUACCUAUGCAUGCCCCUGCCCGACGCGCUCAUGUGCGUGGUGGUCGGCACAGUGCACGGGCGCGACGAGCGCGGCCGCCUCUACCGACGCACGCUCAUGCGCUAUGCAGGACUCUCUGCUGUGCUUAUCCUGCGCUCUGUCAGCACCGCUGUCUUCAAGCGCUUCCCCACCAUAGACCAUGUGGUGGAAGCAGGGUUUAUGACCCGCGAGGAGCGCAAGAAGUUCGAGAACCUGAACUCAUCCUACAACAAGUACUGGGUGCCUUGCGUCUGGUUCUCCAACCUGGCGGCGCAGGCUCAGCGCGAGGGCCGCAUCCGCAACAACGGCGCCCUUAAGCUGCUGCUGGAGGAGCUGACUGUGUUUCGGGCCAAGUGUGGGAUGCUCUUUCACUACGACUGGAUUAGCGUACCCCUUGUCUACACCCAGGUGGUGACCAUCGCUGUGUACAGCUACUUCCUGGCCUGCCUCAUCGGUCGCCAGUUCCUGGACCCGGCGCAGGGCUACAAAGACCACGACCUGGACCUGUGCGUACCCAUCUUCACCCUGCUGCAGUUCUUCUUCUACGCGGGCUGGCUCAAGGUAGCUGAGCAGCUCAUCAACCCCUUCGGAGAGGACGACGAUGACUUUGAGACCAACUUUCUGAUCGACCGCAACUUCCAAGUGUCAAUGCUGGCCGUGGACGAGAUGUACGACGACCUGGCCAUGCUGGAGAAGGACCUAUACUGGGACGCAGCUGAGGCUCGCGCUCCCUACACCGCUGCCACCGCCUUCCUGCUGCAGCAGCCCUCCUUCCAGGGCUCCACCUUCGACAUCACGCUGCCCAAGGAGGACAUGCAGUUCCAGCGGCAGGACGGCGUGGAUGCGCCGCUGAGCAAUGCACACGGCGACUUCCUGCAGCGCCUCCUGCCGGUGGGCGCGGGCAUGGCCGCUGGAGGCCUGCUGGGCCGGCGCCUGUCUUUACUGCGCCGCAAGAACAGCUGCGUGUCGGAGGAAUCCACAGCCGCCAGCUGCGCAUGCGCGGGCGCCCCUGAUGGCGCGGCCCCAGAGUGCAGUGGCAGUGACGCGCUGCUACCCUUAGGCCUGCUGGAGCCGGAGUCUGAGCCCCACGCCGGCCGCGAGCCGCCAGCCCCCGAGCCACCCGCCGAGCCCUUCACCGUUGUGCCAAUGCCCGGGCCCCGGGGGCCGGCUCCACCCUGGCUGCCCAGCCCCAUUGGCGAGGAGGAGGAGAGUCUAACCUGAGACCCUUGGACCCUGGAUCCCCAAGGAUAGAGAAAAUGCCCCAACACCGCCCGCAAGCAGUGGUUUGGGCUUUAUAAGCUGCCUGUGGACUCCGCCUGCCCGCUU